AUGGGCGUGCCGAGGGCCUUCCGAGAUGGGGGCCUCGGGGCCUUGCUGCUGCGCGUCAUGCUUUUGACGGCAGCCCGUGUCCUCCGCUCAACAUUCACCAGCUUUACGCUGCUGGUGCAUCGACUUUUUUCAAGUGAAGAGAAAGUGGCUGGUAAGCUCGAAGUGAACGAGAUGCAGCAAGCUGUGGCAAACGUCGGCUGCGGUAUGCUCCCCAACUGCCCCGUGGAUCAAGACCCGGGUCCAACCCCUUCAGAUGCCGGGCCGCCCAAGACGAAGUGCACCUUUGCAGCCGAAGCCGCGCAUCUGGGCUUCGGAGCUUUGGUGGGAGCUUUGUUUGAUAUGUCUCCCUUCUCAUGGUACACGGAGAAGGACGACCAGCUGGUUCACACUGUUGCCCCGAAGCUCGGGCAGCAAACGGCAGCCGCCAACUUCGGUGCUUCCGAAGGCUUUGGUCUCCACCAGGAGCGAGCAGUCGAUCGCCACCCCCUCAACGAGUGCAUGCCGGCAAUCCAGAUGCUCAACCUCUUCGUCGUGCGGGGCGACCCAGCGG